GUCUAAACAACAAUGUUUUUAGCAAGCGCCCAAAAGAGUGCAGUGAAGACUCCUGCUUGAUCUCAAUAGGCAGGGAGUUCCAAAGUUGCAGGUGCUGCCACACUAAUAUUGAAUGAACAAUGGGAAAAAGAAUAAGAAAAAAAUGUUCAGCACAACACUGUGAUGAUUCUGUAGUCUUUAAUCAAGUCUCUUGGGAAAUCUCUAUUUUCCAGAGAGCGCAGUGCAGAGAAGUGUUGUGCCUGAAGUGUUGUACCAACAAGCUCAAUUCAAGGUGCUCCCCCCCUCCCCAAUGAUUUUUAAUCCAGAAUCUUUGAAAUCUCAACACAAAAAUAUCUUACAGAGAAAAAGAAUCUAAACCUAAGUAUCUCAACAAGCUUAGUUCGGCUGGGCAAAUGACAAAUUGAACACAACAAAUUGAACAUGGGAGAAGUGUAUACUGACAAUCGCUGCCCUGGUAGCAGUGUGUCUGUCAAGCCUAGCAAGCUGGAAAUGACAUUCCCCUUCCCUGUUUCAUGUCCUGUCUUCCCAGCUCGACUGGCGUGAGGGCUCCUUCCCUGCAGGUGGCAAAUCAUCGGGAGCAACAGCAGACAAAAAAACUCAAAUGCUCCUAUAUUUGACUUUUUAAAGCAUUGUCAUCCCAACCCCAUUAAUGCUACUACAUGGAUUUUUCUCAAAACAGAUGGACAUAUCCAUGGCUCUGAUUGAAAUCCUACAAGCUAAUGAUGCCACCUGGAGAAAGAAGAGACAUAGGCACUAUUGCUCCUCGGCGUUCAAUAUCUUUUGGAGGACUUGCACAAAGAAUAGUUAAUCAAUACUGUAUUGAGCUGGAGAAAGCAGCUGGUGGCAGUCUGGAACUUGCUUUGGUGGAAUGACCAGGCAAUCAUGAGAAAAGCUGCCAGCCAAGUCUCCAGUUUGGUGAAAUGAAACGAGCCCACAACUCUUGCUCUUUGUCUCAGUGGUGGUGAUAACAUGCUGCAUGUAGCCCAGAGAUAUAACAUUUCCAGAAAUGCUGCGGGCAUGGAACCUUUUCCACAAAAAGAAAAGCAAAAAGGGAAGCAGGGCUACAGAUGCUAAGUGCAGCCCUCCUCUCAAAAGAAAGGAUGAACCUGGGAAAUCAGAGGUUAUUUCAGGCAGCCUGCAGAAAGUCAAGCUUGAAGCACAGAAAAUGGAAACAACAGAAUCAGAGGGUUACGUGAGUGAAGAUGAAGGCAUAGCCAAGAGACUGUCUGCCCUGCCCAGAGGGAUGUCACUUGUCACUGAUGAAGAGUUGGCUGAAAUGUCACAGAUCAAGCUAUUGCAAAGGAGAAGCGGUUCAGACUGUAAUACUGAAAAUCUAAUCCACAAGCUUCAAAAGCUGAUGGAACAGGAAGAGAUUCUGAAGGAAUAUGUGAGCUUAGAGCACCUGAAGCCAACCGAUGACUGCCAGAUUGCUGCAGCAGCAGAAAACCGGGAAAAGAACAGAUACCGAGACAUCCUCCCAUACGACAAAACGCGGGUUCCCCUCGGAGAGGUCGAAGGCUACAUCAAUGCCAGCUACAUCCGCGUGCCAGUGGGCAAGGAAGAGUUCUUCUACAUCUCCACCCAGGGGCCUCUGCCUUCCACCGUGAAUGACUUCUGGCAAAUGGUCUGGGAAAACCAGUCCAAUGUCAUUGCCAUGAUAACAAGAGAAACGGAGCGAGGAACAUCCAAAUGCCACCGGUACUGGCCUGAGCCCCCCCAGGACACUCUAAUGGAUUUGAGUCAGUUUCAGCUGCGAAUGAGUAACUACCAGAUCCUAGACUGCUUCAUCAUUAGAGUGAUAGAAGUUACAAAGAAACAGACACUUGAGAAGCGCUCCGUGCAUCACCUCCAGUUUACAUCCUGGCCAGACCACGGCACCCCCACGUCAUCAAAAGAUCUUGUCAAAUUUGUCCGAUACAUGAGAAAAGUUCACCAGUCAGGCCCCAUCAUCGCUCACUGCAGUGCCGGGAUUGGAAGGAGCGGAGUGCUGCUUUGUGUGGAUAUUCUGUUGAGCUACAUUGAAAAAGAUAUGCCUUUUGACAUCAAGCAGAUAGUAACGAAUUUGCGGCAACAGCGCUGCGGCAUGAUUCAAACCAAGGAGCAGUAUAUGUUUUGCUACGAACUAGCUCUUGAAGUUUUGAAGAACAUUCAGAGCACGAAUUCCUAGCCAGCGCAAUAAGCGAAGCCACAAUGCCGCCACCUGUCUCAGAUCCGCCUUGUUACUUGAAACUCUUUCCAUCGAGAUGGCAAUGAGAGGUGCUGUACAAGUGGGGAUUUUUUUUCCUGUUUCAGUGCUUGACAAACAUGGAUUUCUAAAGCUUUAUGCAGGCAAAGUUGACACAGUGGGUGUAGACAAAUGUCUGGUAACUAGCCAUUAAAAAAUCUGCUUGCAACUGAAUUCAGUUCUGCUAGUAUUUGUAAUGGUUUGGGCUUAGUGGCUGCGUGGCAAUGUCCCUCGGAUGAAUGGCAGCUGAAAGGAAGUAGACUUUAAGCCACACAGGAUCUUGCUGUCUUCACCCACCUGAAAAAGAGGGGGGCUGUGUUUUGAAUUGUUGUUGUUUAGUCGUUUAGUCGUGUCCGACUCUUCGUGACCCCAUGGACCAGAGCACGCCAGGCACU